AUGCACCAUGCAAUUCAAAUGAAGCCGGCGGACACAGAAAACCGAAAUGAGCGAAAGCUGUUUAUUGGCAUGCUCAGCAAGAAGUACAAUGAGAAUGAUGUGCGAGAAAUGUUCGAGUCGUUUGGACAAAUCGAAGAAUGCACUGUACUCAGAGACCAAAGCGGCAUCAGCAAAGGCUGCGCGUUCGUCACGUUCGGCUGCAGACAGUACGCCAUCGCCGCCAUCAAGAGCAUGCACCAGGGGCAGACGAUGGAGGGCUGCUCGUCGCCGCUGACCGUCAAGUUCGCCGACACGCAGAAGGAGAAGGACGCCAAGCGUCUGCAGAGUGCGACCCCCGCCCUGUGGGGAGCGCCCGGCGUCACACCCAUGAGCGUCAACCCUCAGUACCUGGCCGUCCUGCAGCAGCUAAACGGCGGGGGUGGCCUGGCGCCACUUGCCUCCAUGGCCGGUCUAGCCGGCAUGCCGACGCCGCAGAUGAUGCCGCCCCAGCUGCAGAACGGACACGGGCUGCCGGGCCUCGCCGGCCUCCACUCCAGUCCGGGCAUGGUGCUGGGGGCCGGCGGCGAGGGCGCCGUGCCCGACCUCUCCAGCUCCGGCCUGCCCUCCUUCCCCGCCAACAUGUCAGACCUGAGUUCACUCAACUUGGCCCCUCUGAUGGCCAUGGGUCAUGGCGGCGUGGGACUCCAGGGCCUGCAGUGUGGCCCGUUCGGACAGACGUCAUCGGCGUCAGCUGUGCCGCAAGUGCCGUCACUACCGCUGGGCGGCUCCUCAGGACAGCUGAAUGGACUGGCAGGCGGCCCCAGUCUCGACUCACUCAGCUCCUACUCGGCACUGCAGCAGUACACAGGGUACCCGGCUUACACGCCGCCGGCGCUGGCGGCCGCCAGCAACGUCUCCGGUCGGCAGGCGGAGGGUCCAGACGGCUGCAACCUCUUCAUCUACCACCUGCCGCAGGAGUUCACCGACUCGGACCUGGCGCAGUCCUUCCUGCCGUUCGGUAACGUCAUAUCCGCCAAGGUGUUCGUCGACAAGCAGACCAACCUGUCCAAGUGUUUCGGGUUCGUGUCGUACGACCACCCCAGCAGCUCGCAGGCCGCCAUCCAGGCCAUGAACGGCUUCCAGAUCGGCACCAAGCGGCUCAAGGUGCAGCUGAAGCGCUCCAGGGACGUCUCCAAGCCGUACUAGCCGCCGCGCGGCCGCAAUUGGUUGCGUAAGGGGCAUGUGUGAUCCGUGUGACCCCGAGGCACCGCCGUCCGUGUCGCGUGGCCGUCUGUGACGUCACCGGCGCCCGGUCACCGUGACCCGGGUCGUCCCGCCGCCGCCGUCUUACUGUGACUGAUGCACCGGCCUGGCGCAGGCGUCCGUUCGUAGCUUCACUUAGCGUCGUCGUUAGCUCGAUUUUCAGUUUGUCCGCCGUCUUGUAAUGGCUUUUGUGAUUUGAAGCGUGCUGAAUGCUGCGAUAACCGCGGGUGAGCUCACGUGCGUGUGGUGCCAAGCUUCGGGUGCGCGUAGGAGCCGUUGAUUGAAGAUUUGCCAUGGCGUGGCAGGUAUGACAUGCGUGACAAGCUGGCUGGUGGCUGUGCCAGAGGCAGCCGGCGCGUCCAACCUGCGGACGCGGGCGCAACCAGGCAUUUGGCAGUCCUCUCGGGGACGAGGGUUUAAUCAGUCCGAUAUGAGGACGUGUCAUGGCUGAUCAAGAGGUGUCGGAACGCGCUCAGCUGAUCAUGGCUUGCGUCAGGCUGAUUUUGCAUGCGGCUGAGUGCUGACCGCACUGCCGGCGGUAAAUGUUUCGUAUGUAUGAUUUGUCCGCGCUGAGUGUCGCUCCGUCGUCUUGUUGACGCUUGGUAUCGCUGUCUUUCGUCACACUGUUGGGAUGUGAGUUCAGGGCGUUGAUUCCCAUCCAGGUGCCAAAAGUAUCAACGUCUCGCGUUAAACACCGUAUGGUUACGUACUGCGCGGGCCGCACUGCCAUUGCCGAGGUUCAGAAAUACCCCGGAACUCCGCCUCCGCCUCCGGAGGCGGAGUUUCGGGGCCUCCCACCGCAUGGCAAGUCCAAGGGAUGGCCCGUCUCAAACUUAAGAGCUUCACUGGCCAAACCUCGCUCCACCGCUAAGGCCUCGUGCAUUUAACAAAGCAGCUGGGUGAAAGGCAGCUUGGUAGCUAAAUUUUCAGUGAAGCUGCUCUUAUUAUUAAGCGCCAAGCAUUUUGCGAUUCCAGCUGAGGUUCUACCCCGCGACGUAAUUGGCAAUAAGCUGUGCUACCUUGGCGCUGAUUAGACUAGCAUUGGAACAAGUGAAUAUGCUCUUUUUUACUUGUGCUCUUAAAAGGGCAAAAGUGGCGGGUUUAAUGGCUCGAUUUGCAACCACCUCCGACACCACCUCUGCACCCAAACAGCACUCGGCGGCAGACCGGCAAAUUCGACCCCAGUGCGCAUGCGCCUCACGCUUGUGCAAACAGUUCGUUGUGCAGAAAGACAAGGCAGCGUUACCUCACCUCGUCAAGAGCACGGGAAUCUUUUUUACGAACCCAUCGCAUGUUUGAUCAUGAUCAAGUGCUGGUUCACCAUGUAUAUUUAACAUGUGAUUCACAGGGUUUGCGAUCAUUACACAGUCGGAAAGUUCU